CCUUUCCGUCUUGUUGAUUAUGUGUCUCUCUGCGUCUGUAAUGCGGAAUACAAAUUACCUCUUCGAACAAACCUCUCCUUACAAGUAUUUUUAAUUAUCGGAUUCCCUCGCAAGAUUUCGUCAGAUAGGAUUUGUUGCUGGAAGGUGAUCUCUUCUGAGGUUCCAAUUGAAUUCUUCAAGAGUAGAUCUGCUGCUGGGGCGAUUCUAUUAAGUAUCUAAGACGAACGAGUUGCUUUCUCUAUGUUUUUUGUGUUAAUCGCCUUCUUUUGGAGGGAAGAAAAAACGGGCAUGGUUUGUUGAAGAGGAAGAGGACGAGUUCUUGCAAAGAUGAAAAGGGCUAGAGAGGAUGGUUACAUGAGCUCUCAACUCAAACGGCCGCCCGGUUCUUCCCGAGGGGAAGCUUCUGGGCAACCUCAAAUGAAUGGAGGAGGAGGAGGAGGAGGAGGUGCGCAGAAACUAACCACCAACGAUGCUUUGGCCUAUCUCAAAUCUGUGAAAGACAUAUUUCAAGACAAUAGGGAGAAAUAUGAUGAGUUCCUUGAAGUCAUGAAAGAUUUCAAGGCCCAAAGAAUUGACACCACCGGAGUUAUAGCAAGGGUUAAAGAGUUAUUCAAAGGUCAUAGAGACCUAAUAUUGGGCUUCAAUACUUUCUUACCCAAGGGAUAUGAGAUCACCCUCCCACUUGAGGAUGAACCUCAACCAAAGAAGCCUGUUGAAUUUGAAGAAGCUAUCAACUUUGUAAACAAAAUAAAGACGCGGUUCCAAAAUGACGAUCGUGUGUACAAAUCAUUCUUAGAUGUUCUGAACAUGUACCGGAAGGAGAAUAAAUCCAUCACUGAGGUCUAUCAAGAGGUAGCUGUUCUUUUUCGUGAUCAUACAGACUUGCUUGAGGAGUUCACACAUUUCCUACCUGAUUCUUCUGCAACAGCCCUACCCCAGCAUGCUCCAUCAGGCAGGAAUUCUUUCCAGCGAAGCUCUGCUAUGCCUACAUUGCGGCAAAUCCAUGGGGAUAAGAAGUCCCAUGCAGACCAUGAACUCAGUGUUGACCGUCCUGAUCCCGAAUAUGACAAACUACCGAUGAAAGUGGAUAAGGAGCAGAGGAAGCGUGUUGAAAAGGAGAAGGAAAGGAAAGAAGACAGGAAAGACCGUGAUCGGGAUGACAAGGAUAUUGAGCAUGACGGUAAUAGGGACUUUAAUGGCAUGCAGCGUCUUCCCCACAAAAGAAAAUCUGCUCGGAGGGUUGAAGAUUCUGUUGUUGACCAGUUGCACCCAGGUGGGGAGGGUGCUGAAAACUUUGCACUUCCCCUUUCAUCUUCUUAUGAUGAUAAAAAUGACUUGAAGAGUGUAUACAGCGAAGAAUUCCUUUUCUGUGAAAAAGUCAAGGAGAAAUUACGGAAUCCAAACGAUUACCAAGAAUUCUUGAAGUGCCUCAAUAUAUAUAGCACGGAAAUAAUUACCAGAUCUGAAUUGCAAAGUUUGAUUGGUGAUUUACUUGGAAAAUAUCCAGAUCUAAUGGAAGGGUUCAAUGACUUUUUGAUUCGCUGUGAAAAGAUAGAUGGGUUUCUUGCUGAAGUUAUUAGCAAAAAACCUUUUUGGAAUGAAGGACCUCAUCUACCAAGAUCAGUGAAGGUUGAGGACAGGGAUAAAGAGCGGGAGCGUGAAGACCGUGAAAGAGAGAGGGAUAAAGAAAGGGAAAGACUUGACAAAAAUGUUGCAAGUCACAAGGUUCCAUCAUAUCCAAAUAAAGAGAAGUUUAAUCAUAAACCUAUUUCAGAGCUUGACCUCUCUAAUUGUCAACGCUGUACUCCCAGUUAUCGCCUUCUGCCAAAGAAUUAUCAAUCGCCUGCAGCGAGCCAGAGGACAGAUCUUGGUGCUCAGGUAUUGAAUGAUAAUUGGGUGUCAGUGACUUCAGGAAGUGAGGAUUACUCUUUCAAACACAUGCGCAAAAACCAAUAUGAAGAAAGCUUGUUUAGAUGUGAAGAUGAUAGGUUUGAACUGGAUAUGCUCUUAGAAUCAGUGAAUGUGACUACUAAGCGUGUAGAGGAAUUGUUAGAAAAGAUCAAUGACAAUACAAUCAAGCCAGACAGUCCAGUUCGGAUUGAGGACCACUUCACUGCUCUUAAUUUAAGGUGCAUUGAACGUCUAUAUGGUGACCAUGGUCUGGAUGUGAUGGAUGUGUUACGAAAGAAUGCAACACUUGCAUUGCCUGUUAUAUUAACUCGCUUGAAGCAGAAACAAGAGGAGUGGACAAGGUGUCGUGCAGAAUUUAAUAAAGUUUGGGCUGAAAUUUAUACGAAGAACUAUCACAAAUCUCUUGAUCAUCGUAGUUUCUAUUUCAAGCAACAGGACACAAAGAGCUUGAGUACAAAAUCCUUGUUGGCUGAGGUAAAGGAAAUCAAUGAGAAGAAGCGCAAAGAGGACGAUGUUCUUCUUGCUAUUGCUGCUGGUAACAGGCAACCUAUAAUUCCAAAUCUGGAAUUCGAGUACUCUGAUCCAGAAAUUCAUGAGGACUUGUAUCAACUCAUAAAGUAUUCAUGUGGAGAGGUUUGCACGACCACAGAACAGUUGGAUAAGGUCAUGAGGAUUUGGACAACCUUCUUGGAGCCCAUACUGGGUGUUCCUUCUCAUCCCCAGGGUGCAGAGGACACUGAAGAUGUUGUGAAGGCUAAGAAUCAUGCAGUCAAGAGUCGUGGAACAAGCAUAGUGGAAAGCGAUGGUAGUCCUGGUGCUGAUGCCCCUGCUACUAAUUCAAAGCAAUCGAAGCCUUCCAGAAACAGGGAUGAUAGCAUGCCACCUGAACAAGGAAGUAAUGGCAGGGCUAGGUUAGAAAAUGGAGAUGCCAUGGUUAAAGAGGAUGGUUUACAUGAUGGAGAACGUAUUCCCCAUCGAAGUGACAAUCUCUCUAGUACUUCUCAGCAAGGAAAAGUGCAGAUUAAUGUCUCUAUGGGUGACGAAAUGUCUGGAAUCAACACAAAUGCAACUUCUAAUGAUCGGUUGACCGAUUCUAACGUGUCGCUUGCUAAUAGAACAGAACAAAGUCAUGGUAGAGCCAAUACUGAAAUUACACCAGGACAAAGCGCAACUCCUUCCAGACCUGGUCACACUGCUAUCGAGGGUGGGCACGAGCCUCGGCUUACUAGUGAAGUUUUACCUUCAUCAGAGGGUGGGGAUAGUACAAGGUCUAUCAUACCAACCAAUGUGUUGAUGACAGAUGGCAACAAGGCAUACAGAUAUCAUGAAGAAUCUGUGGGACACUUGAAAGUUGAAAGAGAGGAGGGUGAGUUAUCGCCAAACGGGGAUUUCGAAGAGGAUAACUUUGUGGGCUACGGAGGUGCUGGUGUUGAUACCUUGUCUAAAGCAAAGGAUAGUAAUGCAAGCAGGAAGUAUCAAGCCAGGAAUGGGGAAGAAGAAGAAAUGUGUUGUGGGGAGGCAGGAGGAGAAAAUGAUGUCGAUGCUGAUGAUGAAGGUGAUGAAAGUGCUCAAAGGUCAACAGAGGACAGUGAGAAUGCUUCAGAGGCUGGUGAUGUCUCGGGCAGCGAGUCUGGUGAUGGUGAGGAGUGUUCCCGUGAAGACCAUGAAGAGGAGGAAGAUGUUGACCAUGAUGAGAAUGAUGCUAAGGCUGAAAGUGAAGGUGAGGCUGAAGGGAUGGCCGAUGCACAUGAUGUUGAAGGAGAUGGCGCCUUAUUGCCAUAUUCAGAACGCUUCCUACUGACUGUGAAGCCACUGGCAAAGCAUGUCCCUUCAGUGUUACAUGACAGAGAAAAGGAUACUAGAAUUUUUUAUGGAAAUGAUUCAUUCUAUGUGCUUUUCAGGCUUCACCAAACACUGUACGAGAGAAUACUCUCUGCAAAGAUGAAUUCAUCAUCUGCUGAAAGGAAGUGGAGAACUUCUAAGGAUAUGAGCCCUCCUGAUCACUUCACAAGAUUUAUGAGUGCAUUGUACAGUUUGCUUGAUGGGUCUGCUGAUAAUACAAAGUUUGAGGAUGACUGCCGAGCGAUAAUUGGAACUCAGUCAUAUGUGCUAUUCACUUUAGAUAAAUUGAUAUAUAAACUUGUGAAACAGCUUCAAACAGUUGCAACCGAUGAGAUGGACAAUAAGCUUCUUCAACUAUAUGCAUAUGAGAAAUCAAGAAAAUUUGGGAGAUUUGUUGAUUUAGUUUAUCAUGAAAAUGCACGUGUUCUUCUUCAUGAUGAAAAUAUAUAUCGAUUCGAAUGUGCAUCUAGUCCAACUUGUUUGUCCAUUCAGCUGAUGGACUAUGGGCAUGAAAAGCCUGAAGUGACUGCUGUUUCUAUGGACCCGAACUUUGCAGCUUACCUGCAGAAUGACUUUCUGGCAAUUCUUCCUGAGAGGAAGGAGAAGCGAGGUGUUUUCCUUGGGAGAAAUAAGCGUAAAAAUGUGCGUGGUGAUGAAUUUUCUGCUACAUGCAAAGCCAUGGAUGGAGUCCAAAUAGUCAAUGGUCUGGAGUGUAAAAUAGCUUGCAAUUCAUCUAAGGUGUCCUAUGUUCUAGACACAGAAGACUUCUUGUUUCGCAUGAGAAGGAAAAGGAGUAUUCUGUCUGGCGGCAACUCUUCUUGCCAUGAUCGGGCAAUGUCUUUAAAUGUGUAUGCUCAAAGAGUGGAGAGGUUUCACAGAUUGCUGUCUGGCUCAUAGCCUUACCAUGAUGCCAACGGUAAUUGGAAAUCCAGUUUGCUGCCCAUUCAUGUGACAAGCGUUGCCAGCAUUGCCAAAGCUUGAAAACAGGUAAAUUUUUAGAUAGUGUUUUUCUUUCUUGCGUUCUCAUUUCUCUCCAGCCAGCCGAAUAACAACCACCAGAGAAUAGAGAAUAGCUCGUAAAAUGUAGUUAUCUUGUAAUUUCUGUAGAAUUGUGAGCCGCCAUUGUGUAAAUAUGGUUUCAUUGCGACGUAAAACAUUAGAUAUGUCCAUUUCAUUCAUGUACUUCUGUUAUGUCUUUUGCCUGGAAAGAAAG